GGUUCACACAGCUGAGGGCAGAGAGCGGGCACGCGCUGGAAGAGAGUUCGUGGACACAGCUUGAAGCGAGGUUCACACAGCUGAGGGCAGAGAGCAGGCACGCGAUGGAAGAGAGCGCGUGGACUCAAACUUGCUUGGAUACUGUGGAGGCUUUGUUGGUUGCCAAAGACAUGGCGGAUCAGCUCCGCGACCCUCUCUCUGGUCACUGAUGCAAUAGAAGAAUUCAAGUUGAAGAAAUAAAGCGCUGGGAAAGGAUGAAAUAGAAAUAAUAUCCUAUGGGUUUGUUUUGCAAUAGGAGCAAGACAGGAAGACUGGUUGGUGUUUAUAUAUAAUUACUGUCUCGUUUGUUAUUGAAAUAUGGUGGUUUGAUUUAUAUCAAAAGACUGGUUGUUGUUUAUAUAUAACUACUGUCUUGUUUGCUAUAGAAAUAUGGUGUUUUGAUUUGAACUU